UCUCAUCUCCUCGCGCUUAUAAACGCCCCCUUCUCUCUCUCUCUCUCUCUCUCUCUCUUCUUCCCCAAAUCUCAUCGACUCUUCUUCGGCAUCGUGCCCUAAAACCCUCGCCGAUCGCCGUGAAUCGCGAUCAGAUCUUGCUCUUCGAUCGUAUCUCGCCGCCGUCGUAGGUGCCGAUCGGGUGGGCGAUCGGAUCUGAGAUCCGAUCCGGGUAUGGAAAGGUUGAGAGGUGAGAGAUUGGUUUGGUGGUGGUGAGGAACGGGAGAUUGGAGAUGCCGGGACUAUUGCCGCGGGGGCCGCCGCCGUUGUCAUCGUUGUCGGAUGGGAUUUGGUCUAGGCAGCGAGAUGCUAUCACGAACGAUCAGCUCCAGAAGUUCUGGAGCGAAUUGCCUCCUAGUGCUCGGCGGGAGCUCCUGAGGAUUGAUAAGCAGACCUUAUUUGAACAAGCACGCAAGAACCUCUACUGCUCUAGGUGCAAUGGGUUGCUUCUUGAAGGCUAUUCACAGAUUAUCAUGCAUGGGAAGUCAUUGCAGCAAGGUGCUGCUGUAAGCACAUACUUCCCUAACAGAGCAGGGACUGCCAAGGUGCAGACUGUAAAUGGAUCAGAUGUUGUACAAGAUCCAUCUGUCCAUCCUUGGGGAGGCCUGACUGCUACUAGAGAUGGAGUACUGACGCUCCUAGACUGUUUUCUGAAGACGAAAUCUCUCAAGCCACUCUAUAAUGUUUUUGACAGUGCCAAAGCAAGGGAACGCGAUCGUGAGAUGCUUUAUCCUGAUGCAUGUGGUGGGGGAGGCCGAGGUUGGAUAAGCCAAGGGAUGGCUAAUUAUGGUCGAGGCCAUGGGACUCGAGAAACAUGUGCUUUGCACACUACCAAGCUUUCUUGUAAGACGUUGGUCGACUUUUGGCGGGCGUUGGGUGAUGAGACUAGGCUGUCGCUCUUACGCAUGAAGGAGGAGGAUUUUAUUGAGAGGCUUAUGUACAGGUUUGACAGCAAGAGGUUUUGCAGAGAUUGCAGAAGGAAUGUCAUUCGUGAAUUCAAGGAGUUGAAAGAACUAAAGCGCAUGCGAAGAGAACUGCGUUGUACCAGUUGGUUCUGUCUUGCAGAUACUGCUUUCCAGUAUGAGGUAUCAGAGGACACUAUUCAAGCUGACUGGCAUCAAACUUUUACAGACACAAUUGGAACAUACCAUCAUUUUGAAUGGGCUGUUGGAACUGGAGAAGGCAAAUCCGACAUUUUAGACUUUGAAGAUGUUGGCAUGAAUGAAAAUGUUCAUGUGAAUGGGCUUGAACUUGGUGGUUUGAACUCAUGCUUUAUUACAUUGCGGGCUUGGAAGCUUGAUGGUCGUUGCACUGAGCUCUCCGUGAAGGCACAUGCAUUGAAGGGGCAGCAAUGUGUUCAUCGCAGACUUGUUAUAGGAGAUGGUUAUGUAACAAUAACAGAAGGAGAGAGCAUAGAAAGGUUCUUUGAGCAUGCAGAAGAGGCUGAGGAGGAAGAGGAUGAUGAUGCUAUUGACAAAGAUGGAAAUGAGUAUGAUGGUGAAGGAUCUCGGCCUCAGAAACAUGCUAAGAGUCCUGAACUAGCAAGGGAAUUCCUUCUAGAUGCUGCAACUGUUAUUUUCAAAGAACAGGUAGAAAAGGCUUUUAGAGAAGGCACAGCUCGGCAAAAUGCUCACUGUAUAUUUGUUUGUCUUGCACUGAAAUUGCUAGAAGAGCGCCUGCAUGUCGCUUGCAAGGAAGUCAUCACAUUGGAAAAACAGAUCAAACUUCUUGAAGAGGAAGAAAAUGAAAAACGUGAAGAAGAAGAGCGCAAGGAGAGGAGGAGAACAAAACAAAGAGAAAAAAAGAACAGAAGAAAAGAGAGGCUAAAAGGGAAAGAAAGAGAGAGGGAAGGGAACUGUUCUGAACCUAGUUCACUUCAAUUUGAUCCUUUGGCGUCUGUGCAUGACUCAUCCACAAGCACUCAUGAUGAAUCUGUUUGCAAUCUUGACUCUGGGGAUUCUAAUAGUGAUCCAGGAGAUAAUGCCAACACACCUGAGCCUACUCAUGAUAUUAUGCUUGAGAAACCUUCAAAUGGGCUGACCAAUGCAGAUAAUAUGAGGGAUGAUAACCUGCAACACAAGUGUCUUGCUGAUGGAGAUCUAAGUGCUAGAGAUAGCUAUGGUUCUUUUAUACUUGAGCAAUCAAAAUCAUCAAGAAGGAAACUGAGGUAUAAUAAAGAUUCAGUUCAAGAUCAGUCCUCCAAAUGGUAUGACAAGCGACAAGCAGUCAAUGGAAAUGAUCGUGAUAUUUACAAUCAUGAAUCAAAUCUAAAUUUACUUGGAUGUGCGAUGGCUUCUUCCAGAUGCUUGAAUGGCUUGCAAAAGCAACCUAGAGUCAACGGUGUGAAAGCUAAUGUAAGGAGCAUCCUGAAAUUUAAUGAUAAGUUUCAUUGUCCAAAUAGCAGAACGCGUGAUAGGCAUGAGUUCCACUCUUGCAGUUGUGGUCCGCGUGUCGAUUACAAAGCAAAGGAUGGAUACCAUGUGCCUAUCAGUAGAUCAACCAAGGAGACUUGUGGUGCAAAUAAAAAGGAUUCUACAUUGGACAUUCCCAGGACAUUUUACCGCAGCAGUAAGUUCAAUCAUGGAUGCUACACACCAGAUAAUGUUGUCAUUUCCAAAGGAAAGCUUGUCACUAGUACUACUAGCAGAGAUUCUAUCUACACAAAGCAAGUUUGGGAGCCAACUGAUUCACGAAAGAAGUGCAUGAGAAGCAACUCUGAUCCAGACAUCAGCUCAAGGACUGGUUCAAAGGUUGAUCCAUCUUUGGAUGAUGAAAUCAGUAAAGAAGAGAAUGGAUACCAAUUACAUAUUUCACUUGAUUCUGCUAACAUUCACUGCUUAUCCGAAUUAUCUGAAGAAUUGGAUAAUGGGGAUGUUUUAGAUAUUUCCAGUACCCAUCAAGACAGAAGGCAAGAUUCAAAUGGCUCUGCUUCAGGGGAUGCCAAGAACUGUCAGAAUGGAUAUGCAAUGAAUUCAAAUUACUGUUCCAAGGAUGGGGUUGAGGACAUAGAUACAUGCCCCAUCAUUUCUGCUUUUCCCCUAGGUAAUAAUGAUUGUGAUCCCUUAGUGAGUUCUUCCAGUUCAGGUAACUGCUCAUCAUGUCUUAGUGAGGGAGAUAGCAGCACAAGCUCUUCAAGUGGUCGGAAUGCAGAGUCAUCUUCAACUUCAGAUUCAGAAGAUGCUAACCCACAGUGUAACGAGGAAGAUGUGUCUUGUACCUUCUCAAAUGAUGCUUCGGAUAGCAAGAUGGAUAGAGGUGAUUCCCACGGAGGCAGGACAGCCGCUGAAGUUGCAGUGGCCAGCUGUAAUGGAGCUAUCUUUUCUAAGGAAUAUGUGAAAAAAGCUGAUAAAUGUCAUGAUGAUGGUGACUUUGGAUACAGUAUGGGCCAUCCAUCACAGCACAUGCACACAUUGCAUAAUCCAGCGGUGCAUGUCUCGAGCUUUCCCUCCACAGCCAUUGGGUAUCAUGACCAGAGUGCAGUUUGCUGGCAACCUAUUCCAGCAAAUGGGUUUAUGCCAUUUCACCAGCCCAACCACUAUAUGUUCUCCAGCCCAUUUGGAUAUGGUGUUGCAGCAAGUCAAUCUCCAGAUUUCUUCAUACAGUAUGAUAGACUUCAACAUUUGACGACACCUGCAUAUAACAUGGAUCAGCGCCCCCUCUACCAGGCUCCUAACAGAUCCAAUGUUGCUAGCAUGAAAGAACAGAGUAAGAAUUUUGACAUACAUGGAACCCGAAAGAUCAAAGGUGUAAAUUAUCCGGCUGAGGGUGUACACUCUUUUGAAAGACCAUUCUCAGACAGGCAGGUUCCUUCGAAGUCGGCAUCAGAACAUAAAGAUGCUGCUUGCGGUGCUGACAAAUCACAUAAUGACAGCUCGGCUUUCUCUUUGUUCCAUUUUGGUGGACCAUUGGCAGGAGUUUCAGGAUAUGGUGUGAAUCCAGCAUUGCCCAAAGAAGAAAAAGCUUCAGGACUGUCUUCAAACGCGUAUGCUGGGCAGGCUGAUCUUACUUGCCCAAAAGAAGAAAUGGAAGUCGAAGAAUAUAGCUUGUUUGCCGCAAGUAAUGCUGCUAGGUUUUCCUUCUUCUGAGUUCUUAUGCAAUCCUUUUAAGAGUUGCAAGAAGCAUGCAGGAGCAUAUAUGAACGCAUUCGGUUGUGCCUAUUGUACCUGGUAAAAUAAGCUUUCUCAUAAAUUUUCAGCAAAAAAUUUUUCAUUGUUUGAUUCUGCUUUCUAUUUGUGCCUUUCUUGGAUUGUAGAAAAAAAAAAUUGCGAGUGAUAUAGUGUCAUGUUUUUUUCCCUUUCUUUCCUCAUGAGGUAAAUCUAGUGUCGUGUUCUUUGCA